GACGAGAAGGAGUUUGUAUUGAUGUGUUAAAUUUUCGAAGAAAAUAUAUACUUUUCAGGGAAGUAGCUAUCAAAUUAUAGUGGGGAAAGAAAGGAGAUGACGCGAACUGCACGUAUGUCAAAGAAGAAGCAUCUUGAAGCUACUUCUUGGGAGGAAAUGAGGUUGAAAGGCGAUCAUAAAGAUGAACAGGAAUCAAAAAACGACUUGGGCAAUGAUGAGAAAAUAUUGGAAUCGCAGUCGCACAAGAAAAAAUCGCGAAAACGAGAGAAAACAGACGUAAAUUUUAAUGAAGAAACUGGAAAGAAGAAAAAGAAAAUAGAAAGCUCUGAAGAAAAAACGGAAUUAGGCAGUAAUGAUACCACAGAAAUUCAUCAAGAGAAGAAGAAAAAGAAGAAAAAGACCAAAGGUGCCAUUCCCUCAGAAAAUGAUCCAAAACCUCAGUCCAAAGACAGUGAUGUCAUUUGUAGUAAAAACAACAGUAAAAACAAAAAAGAUAGAUCAAAUGGCAAAAAUCAGGAACUUAAAACUCAUGGAUCAUUUAAGUCACACAGAGAACAAAAACUUGAGAAACAGAGGGAGGCAAGGAGAAGGAGGAGGGCAAAAAGAAAAGGUUUCUUACAGGGUUUAACUUGCUUCCACUGCCGUCAGACUGGACAUACCACAGCUACUUGUCCACAAACUAAUAACCAAGGAGUUGGUGUUGGUGUGUGCUACAAGUGCGGGUCCUCCAGUCACACUACAAAGAAUUGCAAGGUUGACACUUCUCAAGCUGAAAAUCCAUAUCCUUUUGCAAAGUGUUUUAUUUGUGGAGAAACUGGUCACUUAUCACGGAGCUGUCCAGAUAACCCUAGAGGCCUGUAUCCAAAAGGUGGAGGCUGCAAUAUUUGUGGGUCAGUUGAACACCUCAAAAGAGAUUGCCCAGAUGCUGUUUUAAAAUCAAAGAAGACUGACAGUGGAGGCAAAAGUGGACCCAAUUAUAAAAAGAUAUCAAAGUUCACCAGUGCAGACGCCGAAGUUCAUUCUGAUGAUGACACAAGACCAAAGAAAAAGUUUAAAAAGAAAACAGAAAAAGUUGUCCAAUUUUAAUUUUGAUUUUGGUGUAAAUAAAAAUGGAAAUGUUUUUUAUUUCAAUGAA